AUGUCAGCUACAAAGAUUUUCAAUAGAAAUAUAGUACUUGGAGGUGCUUUACUUUCAAGUGCCUUCAUUACAAAUGAAUUAAUCAAAAAUAACAAUUCUUCAAAUACUCAAUUCCUUAAAUUCAGUCCAAUAAAUAAUCAAAAUUCUUCACCAAAUGAUAAUCAUAAACAUUAUGGUAAAGCUUUAAUUGCAGGUUCAGGUCUUAAUGCUGCCGUGACUUCACAAAAAUCUGAACAAGAUUAUCAAAAAUUAUAUAAUGCAAUUGCAGAAAAAUUAAGAGAUAAUGAUGAAUAUGAUGAGUAUAUUGGAUUCGGUCCUGCUUUAGUUAGAUUAGCAUGGCAUUUAUCUGGUACUUAUGCUCAACCUGGUUUCCAAGGUUGUCCUCAUCAAUCUGGUGGUUCAUUUGGUGGUACUAUUCGUGAAGGUGCUGAAGCAAAAGAACCUGCAAAUAAUGGGUUACAAAAUCCAAGAAAAUUCCUUGAAGAAUUCCAUGAUUCAAAUCCUUGGAUUUCUUAUGGUGAUUUAUAUACUUUAGGUGGUGUUGUUGCAAUUCAAGAAAUGGGUGGUCCAAAAAUUGGUUGGAGAUAUGGUCGUGUUGAUCAAGGUCCAAAAUUUGGUUCAACUUCAAGAUUACCUGAUGCUUCACAAGAUGCUGAUUAUGUUCGUAAUUUAUUUGCUCGUAUGGGUUUUAAUGAUCGUGAAGUUGUUUCUUUGAUUGGUGCUCAUGCUUUAGGUUCUUGUCAUGUUCUAGCUCCAGCUAUGCCAGGUUCUGAAGAAUCAACAGGUCCAGGUUCAGGUUUUACAGGUCGUUGGACUGCAUCACCAAAUUUUAUGUCUAGUGAAUUUUUCAGAUUAUUAUUAGAAGAUAAAUGGGAAUGGAAAAAUUGGGAUGGUCCAAGACAAUAUGUUAAUAAAGAUGAUUUAAUGAUGUUACCAACUGAUUAUGCUUUAAUUCAAGAUGAAUCUUAUUUAAAAUGGGUUAAAAUUUAUGCUUAUGAUCAAGAAAGAUAUUUUAAAGAUUUUGCUAAAGAUUUCCAAAAAUUAUUAGAAUUAGGUAUUGAAUUCCCUAAAGAAACUAAAACUUUCUAUUUCAAAACUUUAGAUGAUCAAGAACUAUAA